GGCUGGUGUUGCUCGUGUCUCUCUCUCUUUCAGUCUCUCUACCUGUCGGCCACUCCUACGCCUCGUUCCUCUUAAGUAGCGAAGCUUCCUCCCGCCUCGACCAAACUUUCCUCUCCCUCCCUUUUCCUUUCUCCAUCACCCACGAAGGCUGCCUAUAUAGAUUGCCCUUCACAAUUCGUGUGGUGCUCAAACCUCCCUCCUCAUCUCUCUCUCCCCCUUCUCAUCACCUUUUCCUACGCGUUCUCCUGCGAUCUCAAACGAAUCAGUAUUCCUAGGCCCGUCCUAAGAAGAAGUGCCAGCAGCAUCUCGCCGUACACACCCCGGACUUGCCCUAUUACAACUCUAUAUUCGCGACAGACCUACCUAUUCUCGCAUAAUAAGCUUGAGCAGAGCUUGUCUGUCUCGCAACCACCGCAAUGGCCGACUCCAACGCCACUGCGGCCCCUGCUCUCAGCACGCCCAUUGAGAGCCACAAGUUCGAUGAGAAGGAACGUCCCCUCGAUGCCCCCGCCAACCCCAAGGCUGAGGUCGACGAGGAGGAUGAUGAGGACAUUGACGCCCUGAUCGAAGACCUCGAGUCUCAGGAUGGUCACAUUGACGAGGAGGAAGAGGAGGACGGAACCCCUGGCAUGGGCCGCGUCGUCCCCGAAGAGCAGCUGCAGACCGACACCCGUCUUGGUUUGACCGAACAGGAGGUUCUCAACCGUCGCCGCAAGUGGGGCCGCAACGAGAUGGCCGAGCAGAAGGAGAACCUGAUCCUCAAGUUCUUCAUGUUCUUCGUUGGUCCUAUCCAGUUCGUCAUGGAGGCUGCUGCCGUCCUCGCCGCUGGUCUCGAGGAUUGGGUCGAUUUCGGUGUUAUUUGCGGUCUUUUGCUGCUUAACGCUGUUGUCGGUUUCGUCCAGGAAUUCCAGGCCGGAUCUAUUGUUGCCGAACUCAAGAAGACUCUUGCUCUCAAGGCCGUCGUCCUCCGUGAUGGCACCCUGAAGGAGAUUGAGGCCCCUGAAGUCGUCCCCGGUGACAUCCUCCAGGUUGAGGAGGGUACCAUUAUCCCCGCCGAUGGUCGCAUCGUCACCGAAGAUGCUUUCCUCCAGGUUGACCAGUCUGCUAUCACUGGUGAGUCUUUGGCCGUUGACAAGCACCGCGACGACAACUGCUACGCCUCUUCCGCUGUCAAGCGUGGCGAGGCUUUCGUUAUCGUUACCGCCACUGGUGAUAAUACCUUCGUCGGUCGCGCUGCCGCUCUUGUCAACGCUGCCUCCGCUGGUUCCGGUCACUUCACCGAGGUCUUGAACGGCAUUGGUACCAUUCUCUUGGUCCUCGUCAUCUUCACCUUGCUCAUCGUCUGGGUGUCCUCCUUCUACCGCUCCAAGGGCAUUGUCGACAUCCUGCGCUUCACCCUCGCCAUCACUAUCAUCGGUGUUCCUGUCGGUCUUCCUGCCGUCGUCACCACCACCAUGGCCGUCGGUGCUGCCUACCUCGCCAAGAAGAAGGCUAUUGUCCAGAAGCUCUCCGCCAUCGAGUCCCUUGCUGGUGUCGAGAUUCUCUGCUCCGACAAGACCGGUACCCUCACCAAGAACAAGCUCUCUCUUGCCGAGCCUUACACCGUUGCCGGUGUCGACCCCGAGGACCUUAUGCUCACUGCCUGCUUGGCUGCUUCCCGCAAGAAGAAGGGUAUGGACGCUAUCGACAAGGCUUUCUUGAAGUCGCUGCGCUACUACCCCCGCGCCAAGUCUGUUCUGUCUAAGUACAAGGUUCUCGAGUUCUUCCCCUUCGACCCCGUCUCCAAGAAGGUUACUGCCCUCGUCGAGUCUCCCGCUGGUGAGCGCAUCACUUGCGUCAAGGGUGCUCCCCUCUUCGUUCUCAAGACUGUCGAGCAGGACCACGAGAUCCCCGAGGAGAUCGACCAGGCCUACAAGAACAAGGUUGCUGAGUUCGCCACCCGCGGCUUCCGCUCCCUCGGUGUUGCUCGCAAGCGCGGCGACCACGGCGCUUGGGAGAUUCUCGGAAUCAUGCCCUGCUCUGACCCCCCUCGUCACGACACUGCUCGCACCGUCAAUGAGGCCAAGUCUCUCGGUCUGUCUAUCAAGAUGCUGACUGGUGACGCCGUCGGCAUCGCCCGUGAGACUUCCCGCCAGCUCGGUCUCGGCACCAACAUUUACAACGCCGAGCGUCUUGGUCUCGGUGGUGGCGGUGACAUGCCCGGUUCCGAGGUGUAUGACUUCGUCGAGGCUGCCGAUGGUUUCGCUGAAGUCUUCCCCCAGCACAAGUACAAUGUCGUCGAGAUUCUCCAGCAGCGUGGCUACCUUGUUGCCAUGACUGGUGACGGUGUCAACGAUGCCCCCUCCCUGAAGAAGGCCGACACCGGUAUCGCCGUCGAGGGUGCCUCUGACGCUGCUCGCUCCGCCGCCGACAUUGUCUUCCUCGCCCCUGGUCUUGGUGCCAUCAUCGACGCCCUGAAGACCUCGCGCCAGAUUUUCCACCGCAUGUACGCUUACGUCGUAUACCGUAUCGCUCUGUCCAUCCACUUGGAGAUCUUCCUCGGUCUGUGGAUCGCCAUUCUCGACACCUCCCUGAACAUUGAGCUUGUCGUCUUCAUUGCCAUUUUCGCCGAUAUUGCUACGCUGGCCAUUGCUUACGACAACGCCCCCUUCUCGAAGAGCCCCGUCAAGUGGAACCUGCCCAAGCUUUGGGGUAUGUCCGUCCUCCUCGGUAUCGUCCUUGCCGUCGGUACCUGGAUCACUGUUACGACCAUGUACGCCCACGGCGGCCCCGACGGCGGUAUCGCCCAGAACUUCGGUAACCUCGACGAGAUUGUCUUCCUCCAGAUCUCCCUCACUGAGAACUGGCUCAUUUUCAUCACCCGUGCCAACGGUCCCUUCUGGUCUUCCCUCCCCUCGUGGCAGCUGGCUGGAGCCAUUCUGGUUGUCGACAUUCUCGCCACCUGCUUCACCAUCUGGGGUUGGUUCGAGGACAGCCGGACGAGCAUUGUCGCUGUCGUUCGUAUCUGGAUCUUCUCCUUCGGCGUCUUCUGCGUCUGCGCCGGUGUUUACUACCUCCUCCAGGAUAGUGCUGGCUUCGAUAAUCUCAUGCAUGGCAAGUCGCCUAAGGGCAGCCAGAAGCAGCGCUCGCUCGAGGACUUUGUCGUCUCUAUGCAGCGUGUUUCCACCCAGCACGAGAAGUCGGUAUAAAGAGGGAUAUUUGGGCAGAGUCGGCCGCAACGGCCUUGCUCCAUCGACUCCGCAGGACCAUCUACCUGGGCCUGAUUGACUCUUGGCCCCUAAUGAGACCGGAGGAGAUGCCGACUUGCCGCAAUAUCCAUCUUUGUCUAUGUUCAAAAUUGUACGAUGUAAACAUCGGUAAUUAUUGCAAUUGAGUCGUGAGAGGGAGAGAAUACCCUAGUGCGUGCUAUAGACCUAAUACAAAUUCGUAAAAUGAGUAAACUAGCCAGGCAAUGUUAUAUGUCUAAAUGCCCGCCCUUCAGUUGCAGCUAGCAUCGGCAAUUAGAAAAGUUCUGCUGCCAAAGAGCACCGCUCUAGAGAAAAUGUAAUGUGCGCGCGUACACUUACUAGUUUGGUUGAACAGGGGUUGCUUAUGCCCGGUCUUUUCAAUCGCACCUGAUACAAAGUUUACUUGGUAUUUAUGAUUGAAGAUUGAAUCUGUAUUAUAUGGUCACGUGAUUUGAUUUACUGAGGAACAACAACGUCCUUGGAUGUAUCCAACUCCUCGUGUCUUCUCAGGUCCAUGGGGCGGUCGAGCAGAGGCACAACAUAAGGGUCAAAGGUCUUCCAGUAGGGAUUCUCGAGAUGGUACUUCUGGCUCUACUCGGUCUCGAAGCGCUCGACGAUGGUGAAGGACCGGGGGUCGUGGACGUCCUGCAUGACGAACCAGCUGACGGUCUCGCGAUCCUGGGAGUAGACGCGCGACGCCUCGAUAAGCUUGGCCUUGAGGCGGUCGACCGAGUCUGGGUGGUCAUUUGCGUGAAGGUGGACGGUGAUUGUGUAGACCAUUGUUGCGGGUGGCUGUUUUAUCUACGAUGGGAUUGGGACCGCUUUCGAUUGACGGUUUGUCGUGGGAGGUGUGAGUAUGUGUUUGUGUAGUUGUAGAGAAGAUGAUGUCUGGAGGGGGAGGAGGGAGAGCUUCUAGGUACCUAGCUAAUAGCUAUCUGAAAUGGAUGAGGGGUGGAGGGGUAAGG